AUGAGCAGCAACGCCAAAGAGACAGGCGUCUUCUCAGACAAUGUCCAUCUUCCCAGGGACGGCACCAUCUCCCCCUCGACGGACCGCGAGGAAGUGCCCAUCUCCUCCGUGGGCGAGGUCCUCCAGUCCCAAGGCGUCACGCGCAUGGAGGCCGUCUACCGCGAGGCCAAGCAAAGCCGGCUCUCGUUCUACCUCGUCGGCGUCUCGGUGCUCGUCUGCGCGUGGGCCUACUCGCUCGACGGCUCGACGACGUCCUACUACAGCAUCGACGCCUCGUCGCACUACAAGCAGCACUCUUCCGUGCUUUCGACGCUCUCCAUCGCCACCGGCAUCAUCUCGGCCGUCUCGAAGCCCUUCGUCGCCAAGAUCUCCGACGUCACCUCCCGGCCGUACACGUACAUCGUCACGCUCCUCUUCUACGUCGUCGGCUACGUCGUCGCGGCCUCGAGCGCCUCCGUCUCUGCCUACGUCGCGGGCGAGGUCCUCGUCGCCGUCGGCUCGUCGGGGCUCGACCUCACCAACGACAUCAUCGUCGCGGACCUGACGCCCCUGGAGUGGCGCGGGUUCGUCAGCUCGCUGCUGUCGACGCCCUUCAUCAUCAACACCUGGUUCGCCGGCAAGAUCGUCGACGCCGUGCAGGCGAGGGACCAGUGGCGGUGGGGGUACGGCAUGUUCGCCAUCAUCAUGCCCGCCGCCCUCGGCCCGGCCAUCGCGACCCUGCUGUACCUCGACAGGAAGGCCAGGAACGAGGGCGUCGUCAACCUCGCGUCCUCGAACGCGGCUCGUCGUGCGGCGAAGGAGCUAGCUGAGGAGAAGGGCUACGACGGGCCCCGCGGCGCCAUCGUGGCUGCCGCUCCCCUGGAACCUUCGGCCACCUGGACCGAGAGCCUCAAGCGCAGCCUCGUCGAGAUCGACGCGUUCGGGCUUGUUCUUCUGGGGUUUGGGUGGACUCUGCUGCUUCUGCCGUUUAGUCUGAAGACGUACGCGGACCGUGGCUGGCGGAACCAGUCCCUCAUCGCCAUGAUGGUCGUAGGAGGGGUUCUGCUCGUCGCCUACGUCGUCUACGAGAUGAAGUGGGCAAAGGUGCCGAGCGCGCCGCGCAGACUCGUCAUGAACAAGACGUUUCUGAUGGCUAUCGUCAUUGACUCUUUUUACAUGCUCGCCGGCAACAUGAGAGGCCUGUACUGGUCAUCCUACGUGUACAUCGCCAAGCCGUGGUCCUCGCAAGACUGGGUGUACUACAACAACACGCUGACCCUCGCCCUCUGCGUCUUCGGUCUGGUCGCCGGCCUCCUCCAGCGGUGGACACACCGCUACAAGAUGCUCCAGAUCAUCGGCCUCUGCAUCAAGAUCAUCGGCAUGGGCAUCAUGAUUGACGGGCCCCGGGCCACGAUGUCGACGGCGCCCAUGGUCCUCUCGCUCGUCAUGAUCGGCUGCGGCGGCGCCUUCUCCGUCGUCGGCUCCCGCGUGGCCUCGCAGGCGUCCGUACCUCACCAGGACGUCGCCCUGGCCAUCGCCCUGCUCUCGCUCUGGUCCAAGAUCGGCAGCUCCGUCGGCAGCGCCGUCGUCGCCGUCAUCUGGGCGGACAGGAUGCCAAAGCUCCUGCGCCGUCACCUGCCCGCCUCCGCGACGGACAAGGACGUUCAGAGCCUCUUCAACAGCGUCCGGACGAUCCGCACCAAGUACGCCUUUGACGACCCCAUGAGGCAGGGGGCCAUCGAGGCGUACCGCCGUACGCUGUACUACUGCCUCGUGCCGGCGCUGGCGUUGGCGUUCGUUCCCCUCGUCGCGGCCCUCUUUCAGACCAACUUCUACCUCGGCAAGCAGCACAACGCCGUAACGAACGUUGGCAACGAUGGACUGGUGCUCAGAGAGGAAGACCGCAACCCGGAGCCCCUGCCGCCAGCGAGUAACAAGAAGGAGGCGUUUCUGAGGUUUUGGGCUGGGAGGAAAUAA